UGCGCUGUAGGGAAUGUAAUCGCCGGGGCGCACGUGUUUCGGGGUGAGAGUUGACCGAGUGGAGGCGUGCGUCUUCAGGUCGCGGCGCUGCUGAAACAUUUCAACUUGUGCAGACGUCGUCGUCUGCAAGAGCCCCGUGUCAGCCCACCGUUAGAACUGAGGUGCCGUGCGUGUUACUUGACCUGACCAGCUCACGGCGACCGGCGAUGAUGACCCCGGGCUUCGCGCGGCACCGCCGAGUUUGGCCAUCGGCAGCAGCGGUGGCGGCCGUGCGCGGGUGGAGCGGCUCGCAGCUCCACAGGACCCCGGCGGACGAUCGUAACGGACGGGACGGACGGUCGGCCUGGAUGGACGACGGACGCCGGAACGGGCGCGGGGACUCCUCCUCCUCCGUGUUCGCGCUGUCGUCCGGCGGAUGCCGGGCCGGCGUUGCGGUGCUCAGGGUGUCGGGCCCGCACGCCGCGGCCGCCCUGCUGCGCAUGACGGGCGCGAGGGCCCUGCCGCGUCCGCGUCACGCCGCCCUGCGCCGCAUCGUUAACCCGCUGUCCGGGGAGGCCCUCGACAGGGGCCUGGUGCUCUGGUUUCCAGGACCCAACAGUUUCACCGGCGAGGACUCGUGCGAGUUCCAGGUCCACGGAGGACCUGCGGUGGUGAGCGCUGUCCUUCGAGCUCUAGGAGAGAUCGAGGGCCUGCGCCCGGCCGAGGCUGGAGACUUCACGAAGCGCGCGUUCCAGAAUGGGCGCCUGGAGCUCACGGAGGUGGAGGGCCUGGGAGACUUGAUCCACGCCGAGACCGAGGCCCAGAGGCGGCAGGCCCUGCGGCAGAUGGAGGGAGAUCUGGGCCGCCUCUACUCGGCCUGGAGUGACCGCCUCAAGCAGUGUCUCGCCCACGUGGAGGCCUACAUUGACUUCAGCGAAGACGACAACAUUGAGGACGGGGUUCUGCAGCGCGUGGAGGCUGAGGUGCUGCGGCUGAGCGCCGAGGUCUCCGCUCACCUGCGCGACGGGCGGCAGGGCGAGCGGCUGCGCAGCGGCCUGCAGGUGGUGAUUGCGGGGCCCACCAACGCCGGCAAGAGCAGCCUCCUCAACGCGCUGUGCCAGCGCCCGGCCGCCAUCGUGUCUCCGAUAGCGGGGACGACGCGCGACGUGGUGGAGACGGCGCUGGACCUGGCCGGCUACCCCAUCGUGCUGAGCGACACGGCCGGCCUGCGGCCCUCGCUCGACCCCGUGGAGCAAGAGGGCAUCCGCCGAGCACGGCAGAGGCUGCGGCAGGCGGACAUCGCGGUGGUGGUGCUGGACGCGACGGAGGUGGCGCGCGGCUCGCGCGACCUCGAGGCCACGCUGCUCGCCCGCGCGCAGUCGAUCCUCGACGACGGGGACUUCGCGACCCCCGCGACCCCCGCGCUUGUCCCGCUCCCGCCGGAGGAAGGGGGCCAAGCGUCGGAGCACAGGGAGUGCAUCGUGGUGCUGAACAAGGUGGAUCUCCUGCAGCGGGACGCGGCAGAGGCGAGGAUAGGGCAGCGCGCGAUGCCGGGAGUGUGCGCCGUGUCCUGCCAGACGGAGGAGGGGCUCGACGAGUUCCUCCGGCUGCUCAAGGAGAAAGUGGAGAAAAUGUGCGGCGACCCCCUGUCCGGCAACGCCAGCCUCACGCAGGCCCGACACCGCACGCUGCUGGGCGGCUGCGCCGCCGCACUGAGCGACUUCCUGGCGACGUCGGGGCCCGCGAUGGAUGCGGUGCUGGGAGCCGAGCACCUGCGCUCCGCCAUGCGGCAGCUCGGACGCAUCACCGGCCGCGUCGGUGCCGAGGACAUCCUCGACGUCAUCUUCCGGGACUUCUGCAUCGGGAAAUGAACAAUGAUGUGAGGAGCUCGGUAAUCCGGGCGAGCCUUAGAGUGGAGCCGCUGCUCCUCCGGAUCGAGAGGAGCCGGUCGAGGUGGUUCGGGCACCCGGUGAGGAUGCCCCCCGGGAGACUCCCCCUGGAACUCUACCGGGCAGCAGCAGCAGCAGCAGCAUGGCACACUGGGGCCGGCCCAGGACCACACUGCUGGCGGUGGGACGAUGUCGCUCGGCUG